UGGUAGCUCAUCGAUACCAGCCCAUACUGCUUUCUGUUACUGUAGAAAUGGCGCCUCACGCUACAGAUGAUUAUUCUUUCACCUUCGACAACCGGGUUGGGGGAACCACCAUCAGUACCGAUAGCAAAGAUCCUUACAAGGUAUCUGAACACAUACUCUGGGCGCCCCGAAAGCUCCGCGUAGCCUCUAUUGGCGCAGGUGCGUCAGGCAUUAUGAUGUGCUACAAGAAGGAGCAACACUUUGGGGACGACAUUGAUUUAGUUGUGUAUGAACGCUAUUCCGCUGUUGGAGGUGUGUGGCAUGCAAAUCGUUACCCAGGCUGCCGCUGCGACGUGCCAUCAGCUGGGUACCAAUUUUCCUUUGCACCGAAGGCGGACUGGUCUCGCUAUUACUCCCCGGCACACGAGAUCCAACAGUACUAUGCGGACUUUGCCGAAAAGCAUAAUUAUAUUGGCAAAUACAUUCACUUGAGGCAUGAGGUGACCAAGGCGCAAUGGGAUGAAACGACGGGCCAGUGGAUUUUGACCAUCACAAAAACUACCGAUGAGGGGAGUGAAACAUUCGAAGAUCGUGUAGACUUUUUGGUUGGUAAUAUUGGUGUUCUGAACACUUGGAAAUGGCCAAACAUACCAAAUCGCGAGGCUUUCAAGGGCAAGAUGACGCACUCCGCAGACUAUGAUACUUCAAUCGAGCUUGCGGGUAAGCGGGUUGCAGUUAUAGGAUCAGGAGCUUCGUCGAUUCAAAUCAUACCAGCAAUCCAGAAGAUCGCAGAGGAAGUUAUCACUUUCUACCGCACACCCCAAUGGAUUUCUCCUGGCCUGGCCAUUGACGGGGUUACGGAUGCGGAGGGUGGUAAUUUUGAUUAUACCGAGGAGGAUAAGGCACGAUUCCGAGAUGAUCCUGCUCAUCAUCUGCAGUAUCGUAAAGCAAUCGAGCAAAAGAUCAAUUCUGCUUUUCCGACCAAUAUUCGAGACCAUCUCUACCAGAAAGUGGCACGUGAGAACAUAGAGAAGAAGAUGGCAGCGGCUCUAGGGGAUGAUCCAACGCUUAUGAAGAAAUUCAUUCCCGAUUUUCCCCUGGGAUGCAGGCGCCUUGGUCCCGCGGAGGGUUUCUUACAAUGUUUCCUUCAACCAAACGUCACAAUCGCUGAGGGCGAUAUAGUCUCUUUCACAGAGAAAGGUCUUAAGACAUCAACAGGACAAGAAUACGAAGCAGACGUUAUUAUUUGUGCUACAGGAUUUGAUGUCAGCUUCAAACCCUACUUCCCCGUCAUCGGCAUCAACGGAAAGACUCUUGCAGAUGAGUGGAAAGAUGAACCGAGUGCAUACCUUGCUAUGGGUGCGAGUGGAUUUCCGAACUUUAUGCUUGGCUCACUUGGACCUAAUUGUCCCGCUGGACAUGGUUCCUUUGUGACUGUAUUGGAGGCUGCGCAGAAUUACAUUUGCAAGCUCAUCCGGAAGAUUCAGACUGAAAAUAUCAAAUCGCUUGACGUGAAGCCUACUGCCGUGGCUGAAUACAAUGAACACGUCCAUGAAUGGCUGAAGCGAACGUAA